CGCUAAUUGACAACGCGACCACGCGCGAAAGUGUUCUCUUCCGAAGUAGCACGUAGCACAGUAAGCUUUGCGUUUUCUUCAUCCGAUAAAGUCUACAAAGACGUUUAAAUUUGCAACAUUAACUCCCCUGUUUUUACCUCUCUAUCAAAGUGGACGAAACAUGCCGACGAACAACAACCAGCAGAAGAUGCCAAGUGCAGCUGCCAGACUUUCCAAGCUGCCCAUGGUUCACUUCGCUUGUUCCAAGCUGUCGGUGUUGUACACUGACACCAAAUGCAGCUACCCCAAAAUGAAGUCUGUGUGUGAGGUGCUGGAGAGCAGCGUGACCGCUGUGGUUUCACCUGUCCUUGUUCAAAUGGAGCCCCAGAUUUCGGUUGCAAAUGAUGUUGCCUGUAGAAGUCUUGACUGGCUAGAGACUGCCUUCCCUGUGCUACACACACCCACGGAGCAGAUUGUUGCUACUGCCAAGAACAAGAUGCAUGAGAUCCAGGAUAUGGUGAGUGUUGCAGCUAAUGGAACUGUGGACUGUGCAGCGCUCACAGUUGCAUGGCUGAUGAACAGGAUACAGCAGGUAGACAACCCGGCUGACCAGUCACUUGUGGUGAGAGCCCUUUGUGUUGCCAGUGUGGGACUGGACUCUGCUCUGAUCACGUCAGAGGCUCUGCUGGACCGGGUGCUUCCUUCCACUGAAGAAGAUAAAGAGGAAGAAGCUAACUUGGUGGAGGGUUUUGAAGCGGCCACCCUCAGCAGAAGAUACACUGUACGACUGGUUUCACUGGCUGCCAAGCUGUGCAGGAGGACCUACAAAAUGUUUGGGUCCAAGAUGCAAUCUGUUCAGGUCAUGGAGAGUUUGUCCAGGUCUACAAGUCUGGUUCAAGAGCUUCAGACCAGCUGGUUGAGCUUGGCCUGGAACCUCCAGGGGCUGCCACAUCACAUCCAGGCGCUGCCUCAGUACUUGCAACAUCAGCUAGUGUCUAUGUUCUUCUUUAUCUCCCAGAUGUAUGACUUAGGCUGCCCACCCCCCCAACCCCACCCGUCUGAUCAGGAUGGAAGUCUCAAUGAUGCCGAGACCCCUUCAGCUCACAACGGCGUGGUCCAGGCUCGCCUACAAGCUAAACCUACUUUCAGAGCGAGGUGGCCAACCAAGAUGCCUGACUUUGACACUGGGUGUAAUGUUAAAUGAUGUUUGUUGAUUUAUACUCCUGUAAUUAUGUUGAUGUGUUUGUGUAUUGAAUUUGUCCACACAGCUCCCAGAGAGCAUCAACUCAUUUAAAAUAAGUUGAGCAUUCAUGAA